CUGCUGAGCCAGAAUGGCACAGAAUGGAACCCCAGAGAACGGAGUGGCUGAAGAUAUCCCAGCUUUACCUGCCCCUGUCACAGCUCAGGAGAUCAGACACACUAAGAUCUUUAUCGGCAAUGAAUGGCUCUCAUCUAGCAGUGGAAGGACUUUUCCAACUUUCAACCCGGCGACAGGUGUCAAAAUAUGUGAUGUGGAAGAAGCAGACAAGACAGAUGUGGACAAGGCGGUGCAGGCGGCCAAGGCGGCCCAGCAGAGGAGCUCUCCGUGGCGGAGGAUGGAUGCGUCCAGCCGGGGGAGGCUGCUGCACGCACUGGCUGACCUGAUGGAGAGGGACCGGCGGCUGCUGGCGACUCUGGAGACCCUGGACACAGGGAAGCCCUUCCUGCAGUCAUUUUUUGUUGACCUGGACGGCAGUAUCAAAACUCUGCGUUACUACGCAGGCUGGGCCGACAAGAUCCACGGCAAGAGUCUGCCUGUAGAUGAAAGCUUCCUGUGUUUAACCAAACAUGAGCCUGUUGGAGUGUGUGGAGCAAUCAUUCCGUGGAACUUUCCUCUGCUGAUGUUCAUGUGGAAGAUGGCGCCAGCCCUGAGCUGUGGAAACACUGUGGUCAUCAAGCCAGCGGAGCAGACCCCCCUCACAGCCCUCCACGUUGGAUCACUUGUCAAAGAGGCAGGGUUCCCUCCGGGAGUUGUGAACAUCGUUCCAGGCUUCGGUCCAACAGCAGGGGCAGCCAUCGCCAGCCACAUGGACAUCGACAAAGUGGCCUUCACUGGCUCUACAGAGGUUGGCCAGCUGAUCAAACAAGCAUCUGCCAAAAGCAAUCUGAAGAGAGUGACUCUGGAGCUGGGGGGGAAGAACCCAUGCAUUGUGUUUGCUGACUGUGACUUGAAGCUGGCUGUGGAGGAAACCCAGAAAGGAGCUUUAUAUAACCAGGGUCAGUGCUGCACAGCUGCAUCACGUGUCUUUGUGGAAGAGAGUAUUUAUGAGGAAUUUGUGCAUCGCAGCGUAGAAAACGCCAAGAAGAUUGUCAUAGGAGACCCGCUGGACCCCCAGACAUCACACGGGCCACAGAUUGACCGAAAGCAGUUUAACAAGAUUAUGGAUCUCAUAAAAAGUGGGAAGGAGGAGGGAGCUAAACUGCAGUAUGGAGGAGCAGCUUUGGGCGAGCACAGCCUCUUCAUUCAGCCCACCAUCUUCUCUGAGGUCAAAGACCACAUGCGAAUUGCCAAGGAAGAGAUCUUUGGUCCAGUGCAGUGCAUCUUCAGUUUUAAGAGCCAGCAGGAGGCCAUAGAGCGGGCCAACAGCUCCCGGUAUGGCCUGGUGUCCGCAGUGUUCACAGCCAGCAUAGACAGAGCUCUGUCUGUGUCUGCAGCCCUGGAGACUGGCACUGUCUGGAUAAACUGCUAUAACGCCCUUCAUGUCCAGACUCCCUUUGGAGGGUAUAAGAUGUCAGGCAAUGGACGAGAGCUGGGAGAGUAUGCUCUGGCUGAGUACUCAGAGGUGAAAGCAGUGACCAUCAAAUUAAGAGAAACUCUGUGAGAAGGACUACACUAUACACCUCUGUCUUCACUCAUGCUGCUGAGGCUGAGUUUAGGAAUAGAUCGGAAUAGUUGGUCACUAUGUCAGAUCCCAGAAGAUUGAUGUUUGUUCACCUUUUCUCUUAAAUGAUGUAGGUGAAGAAAUACUUUUACUUAACAGUUUCAGUAAUGUCAGUAUAAAAAGCCAUUAUUUAAAAAAAAAAUACUGAAACGAUGAUUGGAUAAAAAAAAGCGUUUGCUUUAUGGGCCAUUUUUAGAGCUUUCUGCCCUCAUGAGUAGAAGACAUAACCUACAUGUUUAAAGUAAAGGUGAUCUCUGGUCUUUGGUGUCACAUGUGAAUCCUCUUUCUCCGUUCGUCCACUGACUCCUCUGUUCGUCCACUGACUCCUCAAGUCGUCCACUGACUCCUCUGUUUGUCCACUGACUCCUCUGUUCGUCCACUGACUCCUCUGUUCGUCCACUGACUCCUCUGUUCGUCCACUGACUCCUCUGUUCGUCCACUGACUCCUCAAGUCGUCCACUGACUCCUCUGUUCGUCCACUGACUCCACUGACUCCUCUGUUUGUCCACUGACUCCUCUGUUCGUCCACUGACUCCUCUGUUCGUCCACUGACUCCUUUGUUCGUCCACUGACUCCUCUGUUCGUCCACUGACUCCUCUGUUCGUCCACUGACUCCUCUGUUCGUCCACUGACUCCUCAAGUCGUCCACUGACUCCUCUGUUCGUCCACUGACUCCUCUGUUCGUCCACUGACUCCUCUGUUCGUCCACUGACUCCUCUGUUCGUCCACUGACUCCUCUGUUCGUCCACUGACUCCUUUGUUCGUCCACUGACUCCUUUGUUCGUCCACUGACUCCUCUGUUCGUCCACUGACUCCUCUGUACGUCCACUGACUCCUCUGUUCGUCCACUGACUCCUCUGUUCGUCCACUGACUCCUCAAGUCGUCCACUGACUCCUCUGUUUGUCCACUAACUCCUCUGUUUGUCCACUGACUCCUCUGUUUGUCCACUGACUCCUCUGUUCGUCCACUGACUCCUCUGUUUGUCCACUGACUCCUCUGUUUGUCCACUGACUCCUCUGUUUGUCCACUGACUCCUCUGUUCGUCCACGUCCACUGACUCCUCUGUUCGUGCACUGACUCCUCAAGUCGUCCACUGUCUCCCAGUUGUCCACUGUCUCCUCCGUUUGUCCACUGACUCCUCCUUCGUCUACUGACUCCCACUCGUCCACUGACUCCUCCGUUUGUCCAUUGACUCAAGUAGUCCACUGACUCCUCCAGAUGUCCACUGGCUCCUCCAGUCGUCCACUGACUCCUCUGUUCGUCCAUUGACUCAAGUAGUCCACUGACUCCUCCAGAUGUCCACUGGCUCCUCCAGUCGUCCACUGACUCCUCCAGAUGUCCACUGGCUCCUCCAGAUGUCCACUUGCUCCUGCUCUGUGACCUUGGAUUGACUGGUAGGAGCCAGUGGAUGCUGGAAGAAGUUUUAGGCGUUUACAGACAGCUGAAGUUGUGGGUCCUCUGGUCCAGGGUCCUUGCUCAUUCUGAUGUAGUUUCCCUGUCAUAAUUAAAACCACAGAGACUACAACUCAGCUAAAACGUGAGCUUAGCCUGAUUGAUCCGAUCUCCAUUUAGAAAACACGCAUUUUAAAUGUUUUCGCCUGCCGUCUUGUAAGGACACUUGCAAAGCAUCAAUUCAUGGUUUUUCCUAACCGGUAUCAGUAUAGUUAUUUCUGCAUCAUUUUGAAACGUGUAUGACAGUUAAAUUAGGGGGAAAUAUGUUCAUGUUGUUGUUGGUAUCUUUAUAUGUGUAGUAAGAGCCAGUGAGCAACGUACUUUCAUAAUGAUUUAAAAAAAGCUGUUAACACGUGAUAAAAUAAUUAUAAUAAUAAUUGUUGGCGUUAAUUAAUAAAGCGUUAACUUGCCCAGCCCUAGUUUUAAUACAUCCUGCUUAGGUUAUGAUUAUUGUAUGACAAGCUUUUGUAGUUUAAUACAGAUUAACAUAAAGCCGUGUUCAAUUUAUUCUGUUGUCGGAAAUGUGUUUGAAUAGAAUAAAAGAACGUGUGGCAAAA